CCGGAGGGUAGAACAAAGGGAGGGAUGGGUUAUCUAGCUGGUGGGAAGAGAUUGACUGGAGCUUUAGACAAGGCUGGAAACAUCCUCCCUCUCUCUUUAGCCCCGUCCUCCCUCUUUUCAGUCCUUGUCCUUCCCUGCCGGGUCUGGAGGUGCUCCGGACAGUGCCGGCGCCCCGGCCCUCGAGGCCAAGCACGGUGGAGUGCGCGGCCCGCUGAGCACCAUCCCCCGCGUCGCGAGCGGGGUGAGACCCGCGGGGGGCUCCCGCAGUCCUUACAAGGAGUUUGGCGGCGCUCGGGGCGGCCCCGCCCGCCGGGCUCCACCGGCCCCUCCUCCCACCCCCCACUGGAGCCGCGGGAACACAGCCCGCUCAGCACCGGGUCCGGGGCGCGGACACUGACUGGGCCGGGUCGCGAGUGCCAGGGGAGCCCGUGACUCGUUCCCGAGGGCCCCGACGGGCGGGCACGCUGCUCGGGGCCCUUCGGCCAAGGCCCCUUGUCCCCCUCUUCAACGUCGCCAUGUCCUCGGUGUUUGGGAAACCCCGCGCCGGCAGCGGGCCGCAGAGCGCGCCCCUCGAGGUCAACCUGGCAAUCCUAGGGCGCCGCGGGGCGGGCAAGUCUGCCCUGACCGUGAAGUUUCUAACCAGGAGGUUUAUCAGUGAAUAUGACCCCAACUUAGAGGACACCUACAGCUCUGAAGAGAUUGUGGACCACCAGCCUGUCCACCUGAGGGUCAUGGACACUGCGGAUCUGGACACCCCCAGGAACUGUGAGCGCUACCUGAACUGGGCCCAUGCCUUCCUGGUGGUGUAUAGCAUCGACAGCCGCCAGAGCUUUGAGGGUGGGGGCAGCUACCUGGAGCUGCUCGCUUUGCAUGCGAAGGAGACACAGCGCAGCUACCCCACUCUGCUGCUGGGCAACAAGCUGGAUAUGACCCAGUACAGGCAGGUCACGGAGGCAGAAGGCGCAGCCUUGGCAGGCAGGUUUGGGUGCCUGUUUUUCGAGGUCUCUGCCUGCCUGGACUUUGAGAACGUGCAGCAUGUCUUCCAUGAGGCAGUACGGGAGGCACGGCGGGAGCUGGAGAAGAACUCCCCGGCCCGGCCGCUUUUCAUCUCCGAAGAGCGGGCUCUGCCCCACCAGGCCCCACUCACCGCCCGUCAUGGGCUGGCCAGCUGCACCUUCAAUACACUUUCUACCGUCAGCCUGAAGGAGAUGCCUACUGUAGCCCAAGCCAAGCUGGUCACUGUGAAGUCAUCCCGGGCCCAGAGCAAGCGCAAGGCUCCUACCCUGACCCUGUUGAAAGGCUUCAAGAUCUUCUGAGAGUCCGCACGGAGGAUCCCAGGGCUGGAGGCUGGGCAGGGCUGCAGGUUGGUGGCUGACGUCUCGCCACCGGCUUUCCCUCUGAUAGAACCAUAGCCCGUGCCCUCUAGUGGACACCUGACCCCUGCUCCUGCACCAAGCAGUGUCAGACACCCAGUUCACUGUGUGAGCUGGAGGGACAGGCAGGAAUGCUGCUCCUAUUCCCUCCAGGGCCUUGGUUUCCAUGGUAGCCACGGCAUUCCCUGACCUUGAAGGGAAUUAGCCACGGGGAGAACCCAGACACCUGGGUCAGCCUUAACCUGGAGGAAAUUGCAGUGUCCAUUGUGGUGCCACCCCUUUCUGCUCCAGCUGCAGCCAAGCCAGAUGUGGCCCCUAGUGGACAGCUCUGGGUGGACAGUUCCAGGAGGCCCUGCAUAAGUGUAGGCCUGAGAACAUCCUGCAGGAGAGACAGCCCUGAGAUCCUUGUACCACCUGGUAGAUGGGAAGGGAGGGCAGCUGCAGGUUUUGGAGGGCUAGAGCCUGGCCCUCCCAUUGUCUUCUGGCCUCAGAGAAGCUCCGGGCCACAAACCCCACAGUUUAUCCAAGUAAUAUCCAAUUUAAAUAAUCCUAUGGGACAGCCUGUAAGAAGCGAAGUCACAGGAAGGGCUAUUUCUAGUCCUUUGCCUCUCAAGGAGAGUAGAAGGGAGGGGCUGUGAGUCGUCCAGUGUAGGGGGCCUCUAGUGUUUUUCAUCAGAAGCCAGGGUCCCUUUAUUAUCUCACCUUAAAUUACAGACUCUGUCCACAGAUCUUUAGGACCAGCCUCCUCAAGUGUAAUGAUUCAAAGCCAUAGAACAAAGUCGUUCUCUCCAGUGACAAUGACCCAGGAUUCCAGGGAGCCCACAACGGGCAGUAUCAGACAUCCAGUGGGCACUAGCAGCCUGUUCCAGACUCAUAGGGAGAAACACAGUAUACCAGUUUGGAGGCAGGACCCAGUAC